CCAUCCCGCGCUUAUUCAAAAGCCGAAGCCGAAGCCGCAGACGAAGAAGACCGAAUCCGAAUGUCAGAGCCAAUCAUCCUCUCAGACGAAGAAGACCACCACAAUGCCUCAUUCCCCCAUUUCCCUCUAAGAAACGCCGAACCCAAUUCGACCCGAGUCCGAAUCCGAAUCCAAAUCCUACGGUUCUCAUCCUCGACGACGACCCGACCCCGCAGAAACCCGUCCCCAAAUCCACGGCCUACUUGGUCCCGGACACCCCGAAUUCCGAUAUCGCAAUCGUGAAAUGCACAAGGGCUGCCCAGCACAAGUUAUCUGGCAUCAAUGGAUUGAUAUGUUUGGAAUCGGAUAAUGAGCCCGGAAGUAGUUGUGGAGGGGAAAAGAAGAAGGCAAAUGGAUCAAUGCUGGGUGGUUUUGGUCUGGCCAAGGUCUUGGAUUGGAGUCCGAGUUUUUUUGAGUCCUCAUCUGCACUUGAUUCAUGUUUUGGAACAGGACAUUCUGAGCUGGCGCGCACGCUUGAGGGCAGCUCUUCAAAUCCUACUUCUUUGCAGGAUGAUAUUGCCCAGGUACUUGAUUGUCCUGACGAUGAAAACAUAAUGGAUCAAAUGGGCAACAUUAUGAGACCAAGAAAAGAAUCUAUAGCUAUUACGGAAAAGGAAAAUAUUACAAAAGAAGUAGAGGGAAAAAAGAAGAUGACCAAAGAGGAAAGGACACGCUUGAUGGAAGAAAAGAAGCUAAAGAAGCUUGAAGAGAAGUUGCAAAGAGAAGCUCUGAAAGCUGAAGCUGCAGAGAUGAAAAAAUUACAGAAAGAAAAGCUAAGGUGGGAAAAAGGGAAGUUUGCACUUAAAUCCAUCGUGGCUGAGAUUGAUUCUAAAGUAAUUGAAUCCGGAUCAAUUGGAGGAAGUCUGCUUACAAGGUUUGCCGAAAGGGGGUUAGCAUACCGUAUAACAUCAAAUCCAAUUGAAAGAUCAAUUGUCUGGACCAUGACUGUUCCAGAACAUAUUUCACAGCUUUCUCCUGGAGGAGUGGAGAUUCAAUAUAUAUUGAUUGUUUAUGAGGCUGAAGAUUUUUGUAAACUCAUCAUCAACGAAUCUCUUCCGGGACUUGUCUUGAGAGUUCAAAAUCAUUAUCCAUCAUAUACAGUGUGUUACCUCACAAAUAAGUUGAUUGCAUAUGUUAGGAAAAGGGAAGGACAAUUGUACAAUGGCCGGGGCCGUGAGGGACACCCUAGUGUUGACAAGGUUGAAAAGGUGUUGGCAAAUUUGACCACUAGCUUUUCCAAAGUACAUUCCAGGCAGUGCAAAGAUGAGGCUGAACUUGCUGAACAUGUUGUUGGUUUAACAUGUAGCCUGUCAUCCUGCCUUUUCAGGAAGAAGUUAACUAGACUUGAUGUAAAUGCUAAUGGAUCCUUUAUCACGAAGGACUGCAUUGACCGGCAUUUGAUAAAAAAGAGCUCAUGGUUAAAGGCUUUGGUAGCUAUCCCGAAGGUGCAGCCACGAUUUGCUAUUGCCAUAGGCAAGAAGUAUCCUACCUUGAAGUCUCUGUUGAGUGUUUACAUGGACCCAAAUAUAUCAGUACAUGAAAAGGAAUUUCUGCUCAAGGACUUGACAACAGAAGGUUUACUCGGUGGUGAUAGAAGAUUAGGUGAGGUGUGUUCCAAGAGAGUGUACAGAAUACUCAUGGCACAAAGUGGCUGCACCAAGACCGAUGAUGUUGAGGAUGGUGCAGAUUUUUUCAGGGUCAAUUGACUUAAUUGCUCCUCAAAUUUCUAUAUUACUCUUACUUGUAUGGACAAAAGCAGAAUCCGGUCAUUUUCUUUCCGCAAUUGGCUUCCACCGAACUGAUGUACAUGUGUUGAGGUCUGGUUAGCGCUAGGCUGUUCCAGACAGAAUCUACAAAGGCAAUGAGAAGCUGUGCUUUGAACAAUGAAGUGGGAAGCUGUCCUUUCAAAUUUUAUUGAUGUAAUUAUGAUUUCACUGAUGUGUAAUGUAAAUCAAGUUCUUGGCUAUAGUUGUAUAGUGCAACCUAACUUCAGAUAAGGUUAGAGUUGCUGGUUUAGGUUAGGAGAAAUAAGCUUGUUAAGCUUGCAGCUUCUAUAGUGAUGUGCGGAGAAGUUUAAGGUCGGCUUGCUUGUCAUAGUUACAUGACAUCUAGUUUGAGCUAGUUUAGAGUGAAAAUUUGUUGGCAAACUUUAAUUGCAAAGUUGUGGAAGUCGGAAGGAUUGGCAUGUUGACCUGAGUCCUGACCAUUUGCAAGAAUAUUUUCAAAGGUUGUGUUUUUGCUGAAUCAUGGAAAACAUAAGAACACGAACACGAUGCAGGGCAUAGCAUAAAUGAGGCCGCUGAUCAUUUCAUAAAACAUAUAUGCUUGACCUUUCUCAAGUUGUAAGCAGAAAAGUUUCUUUUUUCUUCUUUCCUUAAAAGGAAGUUUCACACAAUGCCCUUCUAGUAGGGAUAUUUUUUUCGUCCA